UUUACUUAGACUCGAGCAGUCGAAACGAACGGACUUAAAAUUAAAUCGAAUCAACGAGUUGACGAAUUAACGAAUUUAUCAAAAUGAAUUGCCUAUCCGCAAUGUUCAAGUACCUUCUGUACAUCCUCAAUAUAAUCUUUGUCGCCGGUGGCAUACUGAUGAUUGUGGUCGGUUCCAUCAUGGUGUCCAGCAUUGGCACCUUUGGAUCGUUCAGUGAUUCGGUCAAUGCUCAGACGAUUCCCAUUUCCAUCAUUGUCAUUGGCUGCGUCAUUUUCCUAGUCUCCUUCUUCGGCUGCUGUGGCACCAUUCGCGAGAAUGCCUGUUGCACGACAAUUUAUGCCGUUUGUAUGUUCAUUCUCUUCGCUCUGCAAUUGGCUCUGUCCAUCUGGAUCUUUGUGGAGAAUGAGAACUUCUUGAACACAAUGAAUGAUCUGGUUGAUAAGGCUUGGUCGGAAAACGAUUCCGCCAAUGGAUAUCCCAUGGAUGCCCUGCAACUAUCCUUCCAAUGCUGUGGCAAGGAUAGCUACACGGACUGGGGAACGUCUGUUCCCGCCUCUUGCUGUGGCUACGCCGAUCGCUCUCGUACCUGUGAAGCAGCUAUCUAUACGACACGUCCACCAUGCAUUUCGAAAUUCAAUGAUUUCUGGUCCUCCAACACGGAUCUCAUUCGCUGGAGCAGUCUGAUCAUUGCGCUCUUCGAGUUGGCCAUCUUUAUCAUUGCCUGCUGCUUGGCCAGCGCCAUGAGGAAGCAGCGUAUCGUCGGCAUUCUGUUGAUUGUGCUGGGGUCAAUUAUGCUCUCGCACAUCAAUCAGUUCUAUGGCAUCGAAGAACUGAUUGAGACCAAUGCGAUUCCCAUAUGCAUAACUGUUUUGGGCGUGCUCAUCUUCAUCGUUUCCUUCUUCGGCUGCUGUGGCACUUGGCGUCAGAGUGCCUGCUUGACCGGCACGUAUGCUACGCUGAUGUUUAUACUCUUUUUGCUGCAAUUGGUGCUCACCUGCUGGGUGGCUGUCAACCGUCAGGGCUUCCUGAACGAUAUGCGUGAUCUGGUGAACACAAUUUGGGCGGAGAACGAUGCGGCUAACGAUUACCCAAUGGGCGCAAUUGAGCUGACAUUCAAUUGCUGCGGUGACACCAACUACUUGGACUAUAACACCAGAAACCAGACGGUGCCUGGCACUUGCUGUGGCUACACCAACCGCACUCAGGCCUGCUCUCCAGCAAUCUAUGAGAAUCUUGAGGGAUGCAAUGCUAAGUUUGAGAACUUCUGGAUAUGCGGCAUUUUACUUAUUGUAUUUGGCUCCCUUAUGGUCGCAGAAAUCAAGAACUUUUCGAGUGUUGACGAGACCUUUACUGCAAAUAGUGUGGCUAUUGUAAUAUUGAUCCUAGGAUGUAUCAUUUUCUUGGUCUCAUUCCUUGGAUGCUGUGGAGCGAUUCGCGAGAAUUCUUGCGGACUUACAACUUACUCAAUCGUGAUGCUGGGCUUGCUCUUGUGUCAAAUAGCUCUCAUCAUCUACAUUUGGAUCAAUCACGUCCAAAUCCGACAGUCACUAGACACAGUGGUGCAAAAAAUUUGGGACCAACGCAAUACCGAUAAACUCUUAAUGGAUACUCUGCAAAAAUCGCUGAAAUGCUGUGGACUGCACGGAUUUGCCGAUUACGGUACUUCUUAUCCAGCUUCGUGUUGUGAUUCACCUUCGAAUGGAUCUUGCAGUUUCACUUCCGUUAUGCUUAGACCCGGUUGCAAGUCGGCUGUUGAUUCCUUGUGGGACACAAAUGUGAACAUAAUUAAGUAUGCUGGCUUGGGUGUGCUUGCAGUUGAGAACUUCAGCAAUAUGGAUUGUGGAACGUCUAUGGUUAAAUAUAUACUCUUUAUAUUCAAUACGAUCGUGUCGAUUGUUGGCAUAUUAGGUGUUGUCUAUGGCGUAUUGAUCCUGAAGACCAUUGGCACCAUCGAGGUGAAUGGACAGGUCGGUUUCCCCCCACAGGCAAUACUGCCAAUUGGACUGAUCACUCUUGGCUCGAUCGUGUUGUUCAUCUCAUUCCUGGGAUGUUGUGGAGCUAUUCGUGAAUCCGUUUGCAUGACUAUGAGCUAUGCUGUCUGCUUGCUGGUCCUUCUUAUUCUGCAGCUGACUCUUAUUGUGCUUUUGUUCACCAAUAAGGAGAACUACGAUCAAGCCAUGGGCAAUGUUAUCGAUAAGGCCUGGGAGAAUCGCGAUAAGGGUGAAGGAGGUGUCUUUGACAACAUUCAGCGUUCGCUCAAGUGCUGUGGUCGCAAUGGUGCCAUUGAUUAUCCAUUCGCUUUCCAAGGACUGCCCGCUAGCUGUUGUGAAGGUUCCUGCAUCAACGUUUCCAACAUCUACGGCGGUUGCCGUGACAAGUUUAUUUCUCUUGUGUCCGGUGAUACUGAUAAGUCAAAAUAUUUCGGUCUCGGCCUGAUUGGUGUUGAGCUGGUUGGUUUCAUCUUUGCCUGUUGCUUGGCCAACAAUAUUCGCAAUUACAAGCGACGCAAUGGUGUCUACUAAACAAAUGCCAUGACACAUAAAAUCGCACACAACUUCACACACAUACACACAACAAAACACAACAUUCGCAUUAAUUUUUAUAAUAUGUAUUGUCGUAGAACGCACAUAACGAAAAUAAUUAAAGUAAACCAUUAGGUUGCAAAAAUGAACAUUUAAGUUAUUCGUAUAAAACACAAUUUUUCAAACGAAUGAAAAUGAAAAGCAAAGAAACAUGAACAUGAAAAACGAAAAAUACUUAGUAUAAGUCGCUUAAAUGCUUUUCAAUUAUUGUUUUUGUAUUUUAUUGCUCUUAAAACUUACUCACGCGAUAAUUAAAUGAAUCCAAAGUCGUUGUACAAAGCUAAAAACAAAACCAAUAGACAGACACUGUUACAAUAAACUUACAACUUGAUAAGCGCAAUCUUAAUGUUACACUUACACUUAUUUUGUUGUAUAAGAUAUUAAAAGCAGACUAUGUAAAUGCUAAUUUUUACCUGUUGAAAACGAAA